AUGCCUCAACUAGAUAAAUUCACUUCUUUCACACAAUUCUUCUGGUCAUGCCUUUUCUAUGUUAUUAUUGUUCUUCUUAGGUUUUUAAAUAUAGAUGAACGACUUUACUUUCUUUAUGUAAAGAAUUCGGCCUUUCAACGGGUCGUUUUAUACUUGAAAUUUUUUGUGAUUUUCUUUAUAAUAAUGCGCGCGGGUUUUCUCCUUUGGCACAACUACAAUCAUAUCCUUCUUUCUCCUUGUGGGAUUCUUCCCUCGGAACUAAACCUUCUGGAGUUCUAUCUGAAACAGUCGGACCCAGAAUGGGUGGAAUAUGUACAUCAAGUGCUAAAAACGACCCCGAUACAUUCAGCCACAUAUGAAGUAAUGGUCCGAGACUUCCUAAACACGGAGAUGUGUUUUGUAACUCGCGACCAGAUUUCCUCUCUCUAUCAACUCAUUUUUUAUGGUCGAGAGGAUCCCCAAUUAUUCAUUGAUCCACAAGACCUAGAUUCCAUACUCAAAUUGCACCUUGAACCCCUCGAAUUCAAUCACCCGGCUCUAUGCCAGGUCUUGGAAAGUUUGUCUUUCGAAAGAGAGACAUCCCCAUUCUAUUUUGAGGUAAAAAGGACCCAGGCAGAGCAUUUCCAGGGCUUUUUAAAACAAAAGCACCAAGCCCAAUUGGAAAUGCAACAUCGCCGAGAAUUAAAAGAGUUAUGGGAAUCCCUGUCGAGAAGGAACGCUUUUCUAAGCGAAGAAAACGCCUCUCUAAGAGAAAGACUUUUUAUUCUCGACGGGGAAGCCCCAUAA